UUUACCCUGGAAGCUGAACAAAACUGAAAUGCAACAGUCUCAAAUUCUGUCAUAGCAAAUCUUAAACUGCCUACAUCUCAUGGAAAAAUCUGACAGGUGCCUUAUUUGGAACUGCUCUGGUUUAGUUUAACUUUGGAUAAUCAGUGACCACAGCCACUCUGGAAGAAGAAAAACAAGUUGGUAGCUGUGACUAUGUGUUAAAAGGGAUGUUUAUGACUGGAUGAUUAAGAACAGCCGUUUGAAGGGAUCAAGUCUGGCAGCAAAGACUGUCAGAAGAGAGACUCAACUGAACCAUUUGCACAACCUUUUUAUUAUCUUUCCAUGAGACAAAGUUCACACAGAGAGAUAAGGAGAUAGAGCAAAUCAGAAGGUGAGUUCUGAAAUUAUCAAAAGAGUACUUUCAGUCAGGAAUCUCUGCUGCCUUCUAAUUUUUUGGUUGUCAUAUUUUCAUCUUUGUUACAGCUUUGCCAUUCAAAACAUGGUACCAACAAAAAUCUUUGCAAACAGGGUUUCAUGCACCUGCAAGAACAGGGGGCAUCAUCAUCACUUACACCAGUGAAGCAGCUGUAAACCGUUUAAAAUCAGCAUCUCUUUCAGGUGUCUUUGUUCUUUUCUCAGUUAAACAUGGAAGAGCCUGCGUUUGGAAAAUCUUUGCUGCUAUUUCAUUUUCCUAAGGAAACCCACAGCACCGCGCGGUCGGUGCGCCCUGCCUGGGCGCCGGGAGGCCCGCUGCGAGGCGGGUGCAGCAGAACGCGAGAGAAAGCCGGGUCGGACGGCAAACGUGCAGCGCCACGCCGCCAUUUGGAGGGGAGUGAAACGGACCCCGAGGACGAGGCGAAGGCGGUUCUGCCCCAGGCGCAGCUCCCGGCGGGGUACUGCUGCGAGACGCUUCCUGCCUGCCGCCGGCGCUCGCCCCUCGGCCUGCCCGGGUUAAGCUUUAACCAAGCCUUAUCGAUACGGACCACGCACGCUGCCAGGCGGAGGCAGCGCGCAGCCGGCGGGGGGGCCGCUCCUCAGGCUGGCUGUGAAUCCUUUUCCUCCCGCACGGAGGGACGGCGAUGCCCUGGGGUGCGCGGCAGCAGCACGCCGCGAUCCCCUCCUCGCCUGGGUCCGCCCGGCGCUCCCAUGCCGCCGCUGCCGCCAGGGGGCGCCGCAGUCAGGCCGCCCGCCUGCCUCGCGCAGCUCUGCAGCCGGCGGGCCGGAGUGGGCACUGACCCCGCGGGACCCGGGUUGCCGCCGGGGGCUGCGGAGCGAAGGCGGGCGCUGCGUCGGGCUGGCGGCUCGGGGGCUGACGGGGGAGUUCUUUCGGUCUGGUGGAUGUACGUCCGUUCCCCCGGCAGAGCAGGGCGGCAGCGGGGGCGAGAAAAUGUCCGUCCCUGCCCCUCCGGGAGGGAGCCGCCGGAAUGUAGGCGCCGCGGUGACACCUCGGGUGUUAAAGUCCCGCUGGUUAGUAGCGAUGCCGAGCUGCUCGUGGCCGCGGAGGCAAGUAGAGGAGUUCUCGCGCAUCGCUGCUUUCCCCGUCCCGCAGCUGCGGGACCGGCAGCGCGGGGCGGGGGCCGCUCGGAGGCAGCGCUGCCAUGCGGUUCCCGGCUCGGCGGUGCUGCGGGCUGGGACAGCGCCGUUCCUAUUCGCUUUUGCAAACCCUGUAAAAAGUUACAGCUUUCAUAACGACGUUUUAUUUGAGCACUGAAAUAUUGCAUAUCUCUUGGCUACAAAAAUCGGUUAUGAGCUCUGCGGUUGUAGAUCUCACUGAGAACGUCACCACUGACAUAAAAUGGAGCGUUGUUUCCUGGUGUACCUUUUCCAAUCUUCCUGAUUUUUACAAGUUGUCCUUUUGCCAGAAGCUUCCUUAAUACUGUGAAGUAUCGCUGGUAAAGAGAAAAAUAAAAUAAAAAAAAAUUGUUUUAUUUCAACUUAUGCCAGCUGUGAGGUGUUUUUACCCAAGCAUGCAUACAUGCGAUGUGCACGCAUACUGGAUAAAUUCCCAGUUGCAUAACAGGCAAGACGUUGAGAGUUGAGAUCAUACGUAUGCCUUGCAUUUGUAUAACUGUACCUCCAGAGCAGGAAGUUCUCUCCCUGAGCCAUUAGUUUUGUCAUAGAUGUGCAGUGCACCAACUCACAGCAUCUCACAACUACCUCAAUUUGGCCUUACACUUGGGUCCAUCUACAGAUGCAUAAAGAUAUGUUGAACCCCUAGAAGGUGUUCUUACAGAAAAGAAACUUUUCAGAUAGAAUCAUUUUUACAUUAUACCUGUGUCCACACUGUGGAGUUGUACUAGAUGAGUACAACUUUCAUCUCUGAAUGUGGUUUAGGAUCACGAAAUCGUCUUUGCUUUUUGUAUAGGAACUUUCUGGAUGACUGAAAAUUGUGACUGAAAUAAUUUUUAAUUCCUAACUCACAGAUUACUGAAUCUUUAGCAAUUUCGUUCUAUCAGUGCUUGUGCUGAAUUGGUACUAACAACAAAAGAAAAUGUGUAUUUUCUUUCUUGUUUAUGCUCAUCAGUAUAAUGGCACAGUAACAGUCUUACUAAAUUGCUGUGAAUCCUGAGCCUUCCACAGCCAGCAAGACCAAAGCAAGCACUGGAUUUAUCACUUCCAAGUUGUUUUCUCUGCAUGUUUUGUAUAAAAUAAACAUACUUUCAAGUGCCUGGA